AUGUUUGGCAUAAGGUGUGUUUAUGCGUUGAGCCUUUUGGCCGGCGCCGUUGUUGGACAGGAUGCUAUCUCGGCGACUGGCACAAACUUCACCUUGACCGCUGAUGGCAUGUCCUACCUCUUCCAUGUAGAUACCGAGUCGGGAGACCUCAUCUCGGAUCACUUUGGAGGACCGACCGACGACUUCACACCGCCAGCCUUUAUCCUUCCCUAUGGAUGGCACGCCGGGAUAUCCAACGACCGUCGCGAGUUCCCUGACAGUGGCCGUGGUGACUUCCAACUACCAGCGAUCCACAUCGAACACGCUGAUGGAGACACGGUAUCCGCGUUCCGCUACCAAUCUCACGACAUCACGCAGGGAAAGCCCUCGUUGCCAGGAUUACCUGCGACCUAUGGAGAAGCCGGCGAUGUCACGACGAUUACCGUACACAUGUAUGACAACGUGUCAGAUGUUUCGGCUGCUUUGAUGUACUCGAUCUUCCCAAAGUAUAAUGCUAUUGCGAGAAGCUUCAGCAUCGCGAACAAUGGUACUGCUGAUAUCGUUAUCGAAAGAGCCUCGAGCUUUAGCACGGAUUUUCCUAAUCUGGAUUUGGAGAUGAUUGAGCCGCAUGGUGAUUGGUCACAUGAAUUCCAGACCGUGAAGAGGAAGAUCGACUAUGGCGAGACUUCAUUCCGAAGCACAGCAGGAUAUGCUUCGCAUCUUCAUAAUCCUUUCUUCGCCUUGGUUUCCCCAACUACUACUGAAUCUGCAGGAGAGGCGUGGGGAUUCAGUUUGGUCUGGACGGGUAGCUUUGAGGCUACAGCCCAGCGCUUCUCUAAUGGCUAUGUGCGUGUGCUUAUGGGCCUUAACCCGCUCCACUCCAGUAUUCGUGUGGCGCCAGGAGAGAUGUUCCAGUCCCCUGAAGCUGUUGGUGUGUACUCCUCCCAAGGUAUCGGAGGCGUAUCGCACUCGUUCCACGAUCUCUAUCGCAACCAUCUCUCCAGAUCUAAGUUUACGGACCAAACCCGACCGAUUCUACUCAACUCUUGGGAAGGACUAAGUUUCGAUAUCAACGAGACUUCUUUAGUCAACCUGGCUGGCGAGGCUGAAGAGCUAGGAAUCGAGCUCUUCGUCAUGGACGAUGGAUGGUUUGGCGUCGAGUACCCGCGCAACAACGACUCCCUCGGCCUAGGGGACUGGACGCCAAAUCCGGCCAAGUUCCCUGAUGGCUUAGGUCCGUACGUGGAGCAGGUCAACAACUUUACAGUAUUGAACGCAUCAUCAACGCCUCUGCAAUUCGGUAUCUGGGUUGAGCCAGAAAUGGUCAAUCCCAAUUCGACUUUGUACCAUGAGCAUCCCGACUGGGUCUUGCACGCUGGAAAGCACCAAAGAUCGUUGACUCGGAACCAGCUGGUCUUGAAUGUAGGAUUGCCCGAAGUACAAGAUUUCAUCAUCAGCUCCGUCUCUCGGAUCCUUGAUUCUGCGAACAUUCAGUACGUAAAAUGGGACAACAACCGCGGUAUGCAUGAGCUUGCUCGCCCAUCCGAUGAUUACACUUACAUUCUCGGUUUGUACCGUGUCAUUGACAACCUUACAACGAGCUACCCCAACGUACUUUGGGAAGGCUGCGCAUCAGGCGGAGGUCGCUUCGACCCUGGUCUACUUCACUACUGGCCUCAACAUUGGACUUCUGAUAACACGGAUGCAUCGAACCGUCUCACUAUUCAAAUGGGUACCUCACUUGUCUACCCACCUUCCGCGAUGGGGUGCCACGUCUCCGCCGUUCCCAACGGUCUUACCCAUCGCAACAUCAGCAUCGAAUACCGCGGCCAUGUAGCGAUGAUGUGCGGUUCCUUCGGUCUCGAACUUAACCCCGGAGAACUCUCACCUGAGGAAGCUUCCGCCGUGCCUUCCAUCAUGGCGCAAGCCAAAGCCGUAAACCCUGUUGUUAUUUCUGGUGACUUUUACCGCCUCGCGCACCCAGAUACCAGUAACUGGCCAGGUGUGCAGUUCGUUAGUGCGAAUGCGAGCCAGAGUGUUGUGUUUGCAUUCCAGCAGCUGUAUAUGAUCAAGCCCGCUGCGCCCCCACUGAGACUGCAGGGUUUGGAUCCUAAGGCGAGAUAUUACAAUGACUUGGAUAAUGCGACAUACAGUGGGGCUACAUACAUGAAUGGCGGCCUCAAUAUCCAAUGGCCUAUGGGAGAUUAUCAGAGUAAGCUGAUUUGGUUGAACAAGGUCUGA